AUGGCAACCUCAACUCCAAACCUCGUCUCCAUCAACAAGCUCUCCGGCACCCGCGUCCUCAUCAUCGGCGGCACCUCCGGCCUCGGGUUCGCCGUGGCCCGCGCCGCCCUCGAACACGGCGCCAGCGUCCUCGUCGCCAGCUCCCGCCCCGAAAAAGUCCAGUCCGCCCUCUCCCGCCUGCGCACCUUCUACCCAGACGAGCAAUUCACGACCAGAAUAGCCGGCACAACCGUCGACCUAGGGGAUGAGUCCACCCUCGAGGCGAACAUCCUCACUCUGCUGGAUAAAGCAACACAGCCUGAUCUCUUCCCGUCUGCCCCAUCACCCAGUGCAAGCGAAAAGAUCCUCCUAGACCACAUCGUCUUUACCGCCGGCGACGCCCUCAAAAUCCUCCCGCCGACGGACCCAGCGCUUGACCCCGCAUACAUCCGCGCCCUCACCACCGUCCGGGUCCUGGGCAGCAUGAUGCUCGCGAAGCAUGUCCCGACAUACAUGGCGCAAUCAGCGCGGUCGUCGUUAACGCUGACGAGCGGGGCGGUGGCGAUGCGGCCGCCGCCUGGGUACAGUGUGGGAGCUAUGCUUGGGAAUGCGAUCAUCGGGCUUGGGCGCGGGUUAGCGGUUGAUCUUGCGCCGGUGAGGGUGAAUGUCGUUGCGCCGGGGGCGGUGCGGACGGAGUUGUUUGGGGGUUUGCCUGAGGAGGUGAUUGAGGGGUUGAAGGGGAGGACGUUGACGGGGGAACUGGGGAGGCCGGAGGAUGUGGCGGAGGGGUAUUUGGGGGUUAUGAAGGAUGGGUUUGUCACUGGGGGUGUGGUGCAGUCGGAUGGGGGGAUGAGCAUCAAGGCUUGA